GCACGCGUAUUGCGCAGAAGAGUGAUUUGUUCGCAAUUUUCUCCCGUGUUUGUGCCACUGUGUGUGUGUUCCGUACGACGACAUAUUUCGAAAAGAGUUUGAUAAUAUGAUCCUGCAAAACGUAAAUAAAACAUUCAUAAGAGGCAACUGCCGGUUGCAGUGUUGUGAUACGAUAUUACUUUGCCCACUACGGUCGUGCUGUGACCAUCGUCGCUGCGUCAGCACUUUUCCCAGCACUGCUAGCUCCUCCCUGGCAUAGUGUUUAAUCUCCCGGCCCUGUGAUUGCAAUAGUCAGCAACUUCCUAAGCCGAUGGUAGCGGUGUUUUAUUAAAGUUUUCAACUAAAUUAACCGCUCGUAACGUGAAGCCCUUCUAGAGUGGGUGCGAGUGUAUGUGUGUGAGUGAGCGCGUACGUCACCAAUACACGACGAUGGUGCAUUAUGCGACGAUUUAUCACAUCGCGUAGUGUGUGGCAAGUGCUGGCCGGAUACAUCAGCGAGCACAGCUCGAGCGAUCGUUGAGCGGAUUUUUGCUUACCAAGCCAAUUAAAGCGCACCCUGCCGCUGCCGCAACCGUACGCCAUUAGCGGACUCGACAUUCCCGCGCCCAACUGUCAACUCGGCGCUCUGUGUGGCGUUAUCGCGCGCUCACUAGUGUUGGUCUAUCGUUGCGAAAGUGUGUACGCUUGGUUCGUUGCUCCCUAAGUGUACACACACACACACACAGGCGCGCUCGCACGACGGGGUUGGGAUUUGGAUUUAGUUACGGGUGUAGCGGGCACACACGGAGCACUAAUAAAAUUCAAACGACUGGUGCGGUCAGGCCCCGACCAUCUCGGUUCGUUCCGUUCGGGCCGUCCACAGCACGUGUAUUGGUGUCGCCUUGCGCUACAUUCUGCCGUAUCAUCGUCUCCAACCGGUUGCAGCGCGCGCCAUCACCGCACACAGGGGCCGCCACCAGCAGCAGUGAGUCUCGUGUGUUCGCGCGAACCGGUAUAGUACACGUUGCGUGCCCGGUGACAGAUACAUUACUGCGUGCGUGUUCGGGUUGCUUGCGUGUAACCAAUCGAAGAACGUUGUGAAAUCAAAGUUCUUUUUCUCUCGGGCUUUAAUCUAGCGAGUGCGAGCAAGAAGAGUACCAUUGCUCAUCUCAGUUCACCUGUUCCUCGGUGCUCCGAAGUAUGACAGCUGUCAACUAAGUGACACCAUAUGGAAGAUCAACUGGAUUGUUGUGUUGUAUGUAGAGUGCAUCGCUACUAAUGUACAAUUACUAAGCGUUGAACUAAGCGAAAAUGGAACCAGUCGCAUACAGUUGAAUCCAUAAUCACCGUUGGUGUCGUCCGCGUACGUAACACACGGCCCUCCCUCCGCACAGGCACUGAUAAAACCCGCUCUAAUGCACAAUCGAAACCUUGCCUAGUGUGAACUACCAGUGAGUGUGCAAGUGUGUGUGUGUGUGUCUUCCUGCGAUGGCCUCCGCCUGUUCGGUGACGUGUUUUUAUUAUUGAAGACACCCCUGGGCCAUGCCGGCGCCUUAAUGUAAACGGCAGCAGCAGUGACCUGGUUAUUUUUUUUUUGCAUUCAACCACUCCAGACGUUCACGCAGCGUUGUUUGUUGCUUCUGCUACAACAUUGUUGCCCACUGUCCUUCGGAAACCAAUCGCCGGUACCGUUUCUAUCUCUGUUGUGGCUUCCACCCCACUUACGCUGUACCGCCCUACACACACUCACACACAUAUAGUCAGUGCGAUAAGAGGUUGUGGCUGCACGUAACAGAUACUUGUGGAGUGUUGAGCUUUGCCUUUUGCACUUGUCUCGACUGCUACAAAACACGAAAGCAGAUACCGGAAUUCGGAACCUUUACGGAAAGUUUUCAUCCAAGGUUUGAUGCACGUGUGUGUUGUUUGGUGCCGUUUGAUUGUGCUAAAGCGAGUGACAAAUAAACUGCCCGACCCCUAUCCACGGUCACGUGUGUUUCCAAUCAGAUCGACUGUCGACAGCAUUGGUCGGUGGGUAAUAUGGCCCAGCAUCAGUAUCAGCAACAGCAACAGCAGCAAACACAGCAGUACCAGUACCAACCGAUAUCGCAGUUCCACAGCCCCGGGGUAGACUAUGGUCAUUCGUUAGUGGCGACCGGUGCAACAGCCUACUGGUAUCCCGGCGCAGGCCAAUAUCCCGACACGCAUCAGGCCCAGAACGCUAGCAGUAGUUUCGCUAGUGGCAGCGGUAGAACGCGCAACAGUCGCCCUUACAGUAGAGAUGGUCAGAAUGAACAGUUCGCCUCACGUAACGCUUUUGUAACUUCGCCCAAUCGUGUGUCUAGUACAACGGCCAAAAUCGUCAUCAGUGGUAUACCGCAGCACGCCAAGUUCGACGAUAUCGAACCGUUGCUGAAGCCGUACGGUAAGGUGGAGCACUGCGAGGCAGGCACCAGCAAAGAUCCCAACACGCAGACCGUCCAUAUUACCUUCGAGAACCACGACCAGGCACAAAGGGCGGUGGCUGGACUGAACGGUGUGGACUUUGACGGUUCGAAGCUGCUGGUGGAGCUGUCCGAUUCGAACAAACAGGCGCGUCGGGCGCAGCGCAACCGAUCGCAGUACGGCGCAGGGAUGCCGGGCGGUGGUGGCCCCGGUCGUCAGACCGACUUCCCGCUGCGCGUGCUGGUGCAGAGCGAGAUGGUCGGUGCGAUCAUCGGCCGGCAGGGUAGCACGAUCCGGCACAUUACUCAGCAGAGCCGGGCGCGCGUUGACGUGCACCGGAAGGAUAAUGUCGGGUCGGUCGAGAAGGCGAUCACGAUCUACGGCAACCCGGAGAACUGCACAAUGGCGUGCAAGAAGAUCCUGGAGGUGAUGCAGCAGGAAGCGAACAGCACGAACAAGGGCGAGAUAUGUCUGAAGAUCCUGGCGCACAACAACCUCAUCGGGCGCAUCAUCGGCAAGAGCGGGAACACGAUCAAACGGAUAAUGCAGGACACGGACACGAAGAUCACGGUCAGCUCGAUCAACGACAUUAGCAGCUUCAACUUGGAGCGCAUCAUCACGGUGAAGGGAUCGAUCGAGAACAUGUCCAAGGGUGAGAGUCAGAUCAGUGCCAAGCUGCGCCAGAGUUACGAGAACGAUCUGCAGGCGCUCGCACCGCAGACCAUCAUGUUCCCAGGCCUGCACCCGAUGGCGAUGAUGUCGACUGCCGGCAACGGUAUGGGCUUCACCGGCCGUACCGCUGGUGCGACGGCCAGUGCCAGUGGCAGUGGUGCCACCGGCAUGUAUCCGGGCUCGAACUUCCCGAUGUACCAGCCGCCGGCCGGUGGCCCAGCUGGGGUGCCACCCGGCUCAAGCGAAGUACAGGAGACGACCUACCUUUACAUCCCGAACAAUGCGGUCGGUGCGAUCAUCGGCACCAAGGGGCUGCACAUCCGGAACAUUAUCCGGUUUUCGGGCGCGUCCGUGAAGAUUGCGCCGCUCGAGGCGGACAAGCCACAGGAGCAGCAGACCGAGCGUAAAGUUACCAUUAUCGGCACCCCGGAGGCCCAGUGGAAGGCGCAAUACCUGAUCUUCGAGAAGAUGCGCGAGGAGGGCUUCGUGUCCGGUACGGAUGAUGUUAGACUGACGGUCGAGAUCUUCGUUCCGAGUGCACAGGUGGGAAGAAUCAUUGGCAAAGGUGGCCAGAACGUGCGGGAACUGCAGCGCGUUACUGGCAGCAUAAUUAAGCUGCCCGAACACACGGCCAGUGCGCCUGUGGACGAGGAAACAACGGUCCACAUCAUUGGUCCAUUCUUCAGUGUACAGUCGGCACAGCGGCGUAUUCGUACGAUGAUGCUGGCCACGAACCCACCGCCGGUCACCAAGCGACAGACAUCGCAGAAGGCGAAGGACCAGACGACGGGAGGAGCAACGACGCCCGCUGCCGGUGCAACUGCAGCCACUACCACUACAGCCGCCGUCACGACGACACCUCCCCAGCAACAGUCGUCCAGCACAAAUGCGUAAUCAAAAUGUGGUCGUCCUGAGCCGCCAGAAGAUGAAGGUCGAGAGUGAGCAGAGAAGCGUGGUAACGGUACCGACGGCAAGAGUAGCAAUAGUAACACCACCACAACUACUACCAUCAUCAUUAUCAUCAUCCUUAUCAUCAUCCUCAUAUUUUGUACGAUUAUCCUCUACGGUAGGAAGGUGUGUAGAACGGGAAAAGAAGAUAAAAUUUGAUGCGCGGAGUGACACAGCCGGUGUUUAGUGUCCUCUACGCCAAGAGAAGAAGAGAGAAAGAGAAAAUACCUAUAAGAGGAUGGGUCGCGCGGGCCCCAAAGAGGAAGGGAUGAACAACCACACACCAUUAAGCCAAAUACAUCACCAAUAGUAGAACUUGCAAUAGCCCCUAAUAUCCCACCAGCAGACAGAGCAGACGGGAAACCCCAUAGUUGUUCAUGUGGCGAGGCAGGAAGCGCGCUUAGGCAGUCUAAGAUUGGUCUCGGAGGUACAGAAGCUUCCUGGCUGUAUAGAUUUUUCCUACGACCAUCGCUUUGCUGCACGUCACACCCUUGUUUUUUCCAUAUAUUAGCUUGUAAAUGUUGUUAUAUUUACCUCUAUUACUAUUUUGCCCCAGUUCCUUUGUUCGCAUACGCAGCAUCCCCCUUAUGCAAUAGUUAAAGCGAGGUUUAUGCGAUCCUUCCCAAGGGAGGAUCUUACCGUUAGCCUCUUUAAGCUGGAGGUGGAGUUCUCUUUACCCCCUCCGAUCGAUCAACUACUACUACUACUACUACUACUACUACUACAGCAAACCAUAAUCAAAAUAGCCAACCAAUCUAAGUCUUAGAUUCCGCCCAGUAGCAACAACGCGUCAGAUUAUCAAUCCAACCAUUUCCUCAACAGGUACCGGAAGCGAAGGAGAGAGAGAUAAGGAGAAAGAAGAAAAUAGAAGUACGUUACACAUUGCAAAAUCGUUUGUGGUUGGGUAGUGAGACGAUAGCAAAAUCCCGUAAAACAUCCCGUCAUGAUAAAAUUCGUGACCAUAUACAACAUCAUAUGGGAGUGACCGCGGACGAUCGGUGAGUCGUUCCCGAUCGUACGCCGGAGAAGAGAAGAAGAUGAAAAAAAAACAAAUAGGAAACGAGUUCAACAUUCAAGCAAAGCACUUUCAAUGGUAUGUACUAAUUCAUAUGAAGAAAUAGAUUAUAAGAAGCGUAGCCAGUACGAAAAUCGUCUUGCGUGCGUACAGACGCAGCAAUGCAGAAACAUGCGGAAGCGGAAGGAGCGUUUCAUCC